AAGUAUUACUAUGUCAAUGGUUUUCAUUGCUUGCUCCCCCCACGAGUCCACUUUCCUCCCUCUCGGCUCUCGUCAAGCCUCGCCCUUCUCAACUCGAAGUUAGAUUAACUCCAUAAAUCAGCCAACCGACAAAACACAAAUAAAGAAAAAAAUAUCUUCCUCGAUGAUUCACCCAUUCAUUCUUUUUGUCUUCCACCUAACCAACUUCCGCAUAACUCCCAAAACAAUUCCCAGAAAAUAACAAUAAUAAUAUAAUAAUCCAAACAACAACACUACCUAAAAACUCCUAAUUAAUUUCCUUACUUUAUUUAUUUUCCAUCCAUUUGGCGCGAAAAAUCAUGAAAGACGACUGUUCAACCGUUGACGGCGUUUCUUUCUCCGUCAACGAUCAUGGCGCUUCUAUCUCCGUCACCUCCACAACCGACGCCGUUAAUGGCGGCGCCAUUAACGACGAGCUCGAUUAUAUUCCGCCGUUUAAUUUUGCUAUGGUUGAUAACGGCAUUUUCAGGUCUGGAUUUCCCGACACUUCUAAUUUACCCUUUUUGCAAACCCUAGGCCUCCGAUCAGUCAUAUGUUUGUGUCCGGAGCCGUAUCCGGAGGCGAUCGUGGAGUUUUUGAAAGAUAAUGGGAUUCAUCUGUUUCAAUUCGGCAUCGUAAUGUGCAAGGAACCUUUCGUUAAUAUUCCUGAAGAUAGGGUACGUGAAGCUCUGAAGGCCACUUUGGAUACAAGAAAUCACCCAGUUCUUAUACACUGCAAGCGUGGGAAGCAUCGAACCGGGUGUCUUGUGGGAUGCUUACGGAAGCUGCAGAAAUGGUGCCUGUCCUCAAUCUUUGACGAAUACCAGCGAUUUGCCACUGUGAAAUCUAGGAUAUCAGAUCAGAGAUUUGUCGAGAUGUUUGAUAUCUCGAGCUUGAAAAACACUACUCUGCAAUUUUCGUGUUCUAAGAAGAGAUAGAAGAUCAUUUAUGCCCAAUUUUCUUAUCUUGUAAUUUCAUGUAAUUAGUGUUCUGUCAACGAAACACAAAAUUGUUCAGUUGAGACUGAAUUCUCUAUAGUGGAUAUGUAUAUUAUGUCUUUACAGCAACAAAACAAACAUAAAACAAAUUAUUGUGUGAUUGAGCUGUCGUUUUAUGUCAAAUUAUACCAAGUUCUAUGA